ACAUUGUUAGAUGAAAGUCACAAUAAAAAGCCUAAAAUCAUAAGGAAAAUUAGAUUAUUCUUAUCUAACACUCUGUAUUAAUUAGCUAUUCCCGCCCUUUCCACCGGUCAAAUGUUUUUGCUUCGAGUUGUUAUUGGAAAAUCGGUCGUAGCGACAGGCUAUGCUAUAGCCUUAUUUUAUUACUUGAAAGCUCUCUCUUUUUUAAUGUUUUAUGUUUACUUCAUGUUAGUUACUUCCUAAAUUCACCUCUUACACACAAACUUGUCUCUUACAAUAACUUAACAUUUGAAUUUCCUCUUUCGUAACAGCGUACAAGUUCUUCCAUCAUGUUCACGCGACUCGAUGCAGAGCGGAACGGCAAGAUCCUAAAGCGCGCUGUUAACGAAGGUCGAUUGUCUGAAAACAGUUUCUCGGUAAUCAUAGAACACAUGGAUGACUAUGUUAGUUUACCGUCCAAACGACUGGCACACAUCGUCAGACGGUACAGCCACCAUCGAGCCAUGAAAGAUAUCGAACAAAGCUUGAAACAAAGUCGCAGUCUUGACGAAGGCGUGUUUUCCACCUUGGAUAAGAUGGAAUCGCUGCAGAACAAACGCGCUCAGUGGUGGGGUGAUAAAAUGGACAGAUAUGCCAGCGACAGAGAACGGCUCGCACAACAGUUGACAUCUUGCUUUGAAAACCUGGAACAAGAGACAGGAAUCUUCCUCAUCAAACCUGUAUACUCACUGAAAGGAAGACCUGAAGAAAACACUGGUUACGUUAUCGCGCAGAAGCAUAAGCCAUCCCCAGCACCUCCUAAACCCAGCGGCCCCGCGACCCCUGCACCUACACCAUGGCUGCAGUUUGGCAGCAAGGCACCAAUAUCAGCAGGGCUCUACCGUGACCUUACACAAAGCUCCCUCGCCAGGGCCGCCUCUUCAAUCCCUGCAAUGGGUCAGCUUGAAGAUGGCACGAUGAAGAUGAGAGUGACACAGCCCAUGGAUAGAGAUGGCCUUAUAAGCUCGUCGGUGGGUGUGGCGUGGCAGGCGUCUAAAUCUCAAGUGUUGGGUACGCCAUCAUCAGCUGCUGUACAACUGAAUACUCCCAGGAUUCUGGAGCUCGACGUUAAUCGCAUGAUGAUUGGUCAGAUAGAUGUCAGUAAGAACAUUGUUCCUGUGGAUGACGCCGGAGAAGUGACAGGCUCCGCUGUAAGAAGUUAUGUUACAGUAGAACGACCUUCAGGAGGCAAGCAAAUCCGAAAAGCCAAGCAACAUACUCCGGCCUCUUACAGCCACUCUCCACCCAACACAGCUCAGGAUGCUACGACCUCCCGUCCCUACAGCGGUUCUCUGUUAACACACUACUCUCCCCUCCCUCCUAUUCACAUGCCUAAGUUACGUCAGGAGUCCCGAUCAGGCAAAUCACGUGACAGUGACACGGUGACGCUUUCAGAAGCUGGGACUCCUUUGGCUGGGACAAAGUUUGAAGACGCAAGACCGAGUACACAGGGGACGGUUAAUGGACACGAUACACAUACACGACUUGUAUCGCCUGAGAUCUUACCUGUUAGAUAGCGAAGUCUUGUUGGUUAUGUACGGUGUACAAAGUGUAAAUAGUUGUAAAUAAGAGAGAAAUUUAACUUGAAAGUGAAACAAGGACAGUGAGUAUGAAAUACAAUUAGAUAGCGAACUUAAUGAACCGAGUUUUGAAAACUUAUUUCUAAGAAAUAAAGUUUUUCUUUUUAUAUAAA